AUGGUAGAAGCGAGCCGGGGAAUUCUCCGACUCGAAUUGGGUGAUGACGGUGGAGCUGGGGAAAAAGAUCAACAAACAAGUAGUAGUACUGCCGGCGGAAGAGCUGAAGGAAGAAGCGUCGGUGGAAGCGCAAGCAGCAGUCGUCUUCGUCGUCGUCAGGGUGGGAGAGUCAACUCGGUGAUCGGAUAUGCCCUGAUGCUGGCAAUCAUGUCGUUCAACGGCAGCGUCUUCAUCACCGUCGUGGCCGGACUCUCCGUCGGGUACUUGGUGUUCAAGAGUAGCAAUGCAGAUGUGGUGGUUGUUGACAAUCCCUGUGCUUGUGCUUGA